UACACUGAUGGACAUUUAGGUUUACACUAAAUAUUGAUCUAAAACACUAAUAAUCAUGACGAGUCAGUGGGUUGCAAUGAUGCUACUUAUCAGCAGUGUCUAUUCUGGACGUGUACUCUGGAAGAUGAAGGAACGUGCCAUCAACGUGCAGGAGGAGACUGUCAGGGAGCUUCUGACAUUGAACACAGACACCACAUUGAGACCAGUAGAGGGUGAUAUACGCCAACCAUUGGAUCACUUCAACCGCAGAAAUACCAGAACCUUCCCUCAGAGGUUUUUCAUAAAUGAAGCGUACUGGAAGCAUCCUCAUGGGCCUGUGUUCCUCUACAUAGGAGGCGAAGGGCCUCUAUCUGAAUUCAGUGUAUUGGCUGGUCAUCAUGUGACCAUGGCUAAGCAGCAGGGGGCUCUGCUGGUGGCUCUGGAGCAUCGUUUCUAUGGAAGAAGCAUCAUCCCAGGAGGACUGGAGCCACAGAAUCUGCAGUACCUCUCCAGUCAGCAGGCCCUUGCUGAUCUGGCAGCAUUCCACCAGCACAUCAGCCAGAAGUACAACCUCACCUACAGGAACAUCUGGAUCAGUUUUGGAGGCUCAUAUGCUGGUGCUCUCUCUGCGUGGUUCAGGGGAAAGUUUCCUCACCUUGUCUAUGGCGCUGUGGCAUCCUCCGCCCCAGUUCAGGCAAAGCUGGACUUCUCCAGUUAUACCACGGUGGUUGGUCGUAGUCUUAUGGAUGAGAGUGUGGGCGGCUCUGAGAAGUGUGUGAAGGCUGUGUGGGAGGCCUUUGCGGCGGUGGAAGCUGCUCUGCUGAGGGGUGAAGAGACGCAGGUGGGGAAGGACUUCAGCUGCUGUGAAACACCAAAGAGUCUUGAAGACCAGACGGAGCUUCUGCGGAGCCUGGCUGACAUCUUCAUGGGAACCGUCCAGUACAACGAGGAAGUGGGGCUGCUGACCAUCGCCCGUCUCUGCAGCAUCAUGACCAAUCAGAGUAAAGCUUAUGUCGAGGGGAAGGAGGCCUAUGACAGACUGGUCAGACUGGCAGCGAUUUAUCGCACUAUGGAAAAGGAGACAUGUCUUGAAGUCUCUUAUGAGAAGAGCAUCCUGGAUCUCAACACAACCACUCAUGUGAGCUCCGGGUACCGACAGUGGUUCUACCAGACCUGCACUGAGUUCGGCUUCUAUCAGACGUGUGAAGAUGCUACCUGUCCGUUCUCUCGUAUGAUGAACCUGCAGACAGAGAUUCAGCUCUGCCCUCUCCUGUUCAGCAUCCCUCAGCACACUCUGCCCUCCAACAUCGCCUUCACCAACCUGUACUACGGAGGAGACCAGCCUCAGACUCAACGCGUGCUGUAUGUGAACGGUGACACUGACCCGUGGAUGGCGCUGAGUGUGGUGCGUAACGGGACCAACGAGGACAAACACAGGGCCAUCCUCAUCCACAGCUCCGCCCACUGCGCUGACAUGAACCCCACACGGGCCAGAGACAGAGCCUCACUGCUGCAGGCCAGACAGGAGAUUGAGAGUCUGGUGGAGGCGUGGUUAAAGAAUGCAGCACAGGAGCACAUGAUCUGACCAAUCAGCAUGAAUGGUGAUUGAUCACAUGACCAACAUGGACCCACUUGUUUGACUUUAAAUGAGUUAGGCUUCUCUUCUGUUUUCUUAUCAUCCUGUUCGUGUGAGUGUGUGUGUGUGUGUGUGUAUGUGUGUGUUUGCAUUAGUAAUUCACUGUUUGUGUUUCUCAUUAAUGACAGUUUAACAAAAAACACAAACACUGGAUUAGUUAAUGAGUGUUCACUGAUAUGCCAAAAGUCAUGGAAUACAAUUAGUAUUGUGUCCCGUGACUUUUGCUAUGUUCCAAGGAUUCCGAAGACCACUGUCCACUGUGGGUGGUAAUGCCUCCUAUGAUGUAUUUCUAGUACACAUAUGACACUGUGGCUAUUUUUGUGAUUUUGAGCCAAAUCACUAAAUUGUCAAAAUAAAAGAACCAAUGUUUUUUCUAAUUAAAAUAUCUUAAAAAAGGGAGAUAAUUUCAUCCCUCAUGUUACAUUAAUAUUUUUCAUAUAUUUAAAAAGUGUUAUAAAGAUUACAAUUUGAUUACAAAGUUUAACUUGUGUUAACUGAAUAAAUCCAACAAGCAAUUGAGAAACACUGUUGUUAUUAUAUAAAUGACAUUUAUUGCAUUCCAUUCUAAUUUGAAAUGAAUGAUUUAUUGAAGAUUGAUGAUAAGAUUUUUAUUUUAUAUCUUUUGCAGUAAUGAUGAAAUUUAGCUUUUACCAGUUUAAAUAUAAACUGCAGUCUAAGAUUACCUGUGUAAUUGUCACUGUACAGUCUAGUGUAUUACCCCUUGAAUUAACCUUUACUCCAGCUACUUCAUUAAAAUCUGAAUCUGAAAAAUCUGA